AUGAAUCGUUUAAAUUCAUCUAUGAAAUAUAUACGCGUAAAUUUUGAAAAUUUAUCAUUGAAAUCAACUGAAAGUGCUUACAUUAAAUGUGAUCAAAUGAUUUCUUAUAAUAGUAAUAAUAACACUGAAAAGGUUGAAAUUAUGAAAAUUUUAAAAAACCCUUUAACACAUAACAUUACUGAUUAUUAUAUAGAAGCAACUAAAAAGAAACAUUAUCUAUUAUUAAAUAAAACUAUACAAAUUCUAAUUAUAAUAAUCUUAUUUAAUUAUUCAAUAGUUUACGUGAAUAAUAAUCUUUGCAUAGAUGCUAUGCAUUUACAUAAUACUAUUUUAUCACCAUUAACGGAAACGUCAACAGAUUCAGAGACAAUAUUAGAAUCAGAUUCAUCUACAUUACCUACAUAUUUAAUUGAUUCACCUGUAGUCAAAUUAAUUAAAACUCCAAAAACUACACAACGAUCUUAUUUAGAUAAUGGAUUACAAUUAGAAAAUAAAGUAAUGCAAAGAAUAUCAUCAAUAUUUCAAGAUAAAAAGGCUAUACAAGAUUUGUUGACAGAAAUGAAUGCAUAUUAUUUAACUUAUGGGAGACCAAGAUACGGAUAA